AUGGCGUCUUGCAACAUUGAUGACCCGGACAUGAGCGGUGCAAAUGGAGAGAGUGAACAGUCGACAGGAGCGGCGAAUGAUACUAUUCCUCGACCGAAGAGAAUUGCAUGCAUAUUAUGUCGCAAAAGGAAAUUGAAAUGUGAUUCAAACAAACCGAGCUGCGGGACAUGUUCGCGACUCAACCACCAUUGCGAAUACUCCGAGGAACGGAAGAAGAGCGGCCCCAAGAGAGGGUAUGUCAAACUCUUAGAGGCCAGACUGAAGCAAGUCGAAAACUUGCUAGAGACAAGAGAUGCCACAACUGAGCUUGCUACCCAUGAACCUCAGCCCACAAGAGCGGCGGAAUCAUUGAGCUCUAUGCCGCCCCUGGACAUGACCAAUGCUCUCGAUGCUUCCAUGACCGGGAUGAUGCCAGACAACAGCUUCACCGAUCCAACUCUGGUCGGGAUGCCAGAUUUCAGCAUGAACGCCAACGACGACUUCUCCUGGGAGGUGAUAGGUCUUGGUCUCGAGGAAGCAUUACCAGCAAGAGAGGUAAUAGAUGAGAUGAAUGAGAUAUAUUUCGAAAAGAUCCAUCCUUCGUUGCCCAUGAUCCACAAAGGGCGUUUUCUCGCUUCAAUGGACCUCGCGCCUCAUAUGCGCCCAGCAGUGUGCCUGAGAUAUGCCAUGUGGACCCACGCUUGUGCCAUUACCUCAAAGUUUUCAGCCUACACCGAACACUUCUAUGCGAGGGCUCGGAAAUACGCAGAGAUGGACGAAAUGAGAGGGCACGGUGAGGGAAUGAUCACGAUCGCCCACUCACAAUGUUGGACUUUGCUUGCGUGUUACGAAUUUAGAGUAAUGUAUUUCCCAAGAGCGUGGAUGAGCAUCGGAAGAGCUGCAAGGCUGGCGCAAAUGAUGGGUUUACAUCGGCAGGAUCGUGUUGGUCUUGACGUGAAACAGACACUACCGCCUCCUCGAGACUGGACUGAUCGCGAAGAACGGCGGCGGACCUUCUGGAUGGCAUACUGUCAGGACAGAUAUGCCAGCAUCGGGACUGGGUGGCCGAUGGUUAUUGACGAGAGAGACAUCCUCACAAAUCUACCGGCUAGCGAGGAAGCGUUCAAUAAGUGCCGACCAGAACCUACACUGCAGUUAUCCGACAUCUUGAAUGGUGAUGGCGCGUCUUCUCUCUCUUCAUUUGGCGGUGUGAUUCUCUUGUCGACAAUAUUUGGUCGAAACCUCACCCAUCUCCAUCGACCAUCGGAACAAGACAAUGAUCAUGACCUCAAUGGCGCAUUCUGGAAACGUCAUCGAUCUUUAGAUAAUAUCCUUCUCAACACGUCUUUGUCCCUACCCCCGCCUCUCCGCCUCCCGGCAGGUCUCAAUGAUCCGAACACCGUCUUUCUCAACAUGAACAUUCAUACCGCUACUAUAUGUCUGCACCAAGCAGCCAUAUUCAAAGCCGACAAAAAUCGACUGCCAGCUCAGAUUAGUGCAGAGUCCAAACGUCGAUGUAUCGUUGCAGCGGACCAAAUCACCAACAUCAUGAAAAUGAUCAGCCAUAUGGACAUGUCGAUGAUGAAUCCUUUCCUUGCCUUCUGUCUUUAUGUGGCUUCGCGCGUGUUCGUACAAUAUCUCAAAUCCAGACGCGAGGAUACAGCGGUCAAAUCCUCCUUGCACUUCCUACUUGCCGCGAUGCAAGUCCUGAAAACCAAGAAUCCGCUCACCGAGUCGUUCUUGGUCCAGCUCGAUGUUGACCUCGAAGGCAGCGGCUUGGAUAUUCCGACAAGUUAUUCACGAUGGAGAUUUGGUCACCGCCCACCAGUCAGUCUGCCCAUUGUCUCUUAG